AUGGGGCAGAUUAGUGGUUUAUCGAAGGGCAAUCUAGCGAUGAGAAGUAGGCGGGGAAGCAGGAUAGAAGACGAAGAGCUGAUGGACCUGAUCGGAGAACGCGAAUUGCAUUUCAAUGUGACCGUUUCAAUGUUUCAGCGCGUACGUAAGAGCGUUUCGUGUGGAUUCCACGAGGGUAAAAACCCUGAAUGGCGAUCGUCGGCGAGGAGAGCCUCAAAGACGGACGGUGUUUUCGCGAUAAAUUUUGAUCCAAAUAUUAGUCUGAAAAUUAUUUUUAUAUCCAACAUAGAGAAUGUAGCUUCAUUAUUAUUGUACAGCAUUUAUCUCAUAAAUGUGGAAAUUCAGAAUAUCAACAUGAGUCUCUGUCCACGGAGACGCUUUCGCAUCACUCCUAUGCGAGCUCUGGCGGCAUUCUUCCUGAUGGUUGUGCUGUUCUGGUAUAGCCUCAGUCGGCAAGAAAUUCCGCAGCAACCAUGUAGCGUGCCCGAAGAAUUUACUGAGAAAUUACAUGACCUCGCUUAUAGAGCUCAUUUGGUCCUCACUAAGUUGGGCAUCGUUCACUUUCUCUGCCUGGGCGGCCUUUGGGGUCAAGUUCGAAUAGGCCGCGCACUGCCGUGGGCACGUAAAGUGGAACUAUGCUUAGUUGACACACUUCGCGACGAUGUCUUAAUCACGAAAGCCUUCCGAGAAGUCGGUUUGAGUGCAACCUACCUUCACGCAGCGGGAAUUUACAGGAUACAGGAACAUGAAGUCGGCGAAGAUGCACCUAAAGUGGAAGUGGUUGUUUUCGAGGAAGAUGCAGUGACGCAGAUGGUGAGAAGAGUCGGCUGGACCAGAAGGGUCCUACCUCCGGACUGCGAGUUCUCGCCGAGUCUACAGUGUUUUCCACCACAAUUAGUUAUACCUCCUCUACCGACGAAACAAUUCGGCGGCCGAUUGAUGCCCGUGCCACGAGAAGGCAUAGAAUUACAGAAGUAUCAUUAUCCUAACGAUUGGUGGUUAGAGAUCAAGCCCACUGACUGCACCGAGCUCCAAGAGACAAAUGUGUAGUGUACAAUCAUGGUGCAAUUAGUCCUAGCGCAAUAUUACAGAACAUUGUAUAAUUCGCUAAAUCGGAACAUUGUCUAACCAGUUAUAGUUUAGUUAUUUAUAGUGUUCAACUGAUAAUUAGCUUGGAUUAUAAUGAAGGAAGCACUGAGGUAUUUUUUAUUAUAACCAAGAUAUUUUUUCUAGAAGUAGACACGACAAAUAGAAAAUGU